AUGGAUCAGACGGUGGCGACAAUUUGUGAUUGUAAUAAAUGGGAGGGUGCUUUCAGUUAUAAUUAUAAUGGUGGACAUGGUAAACCGGGUGGUAUUUCUGGCUAUUGUCAUCACACUUGUUCUUAUGGUAAUGCUGCUGCGGGUGGUGCUAAUGAUUGUUGUAAAUGUUGUUGCGAGAAACGUUCCAAAUAUAUUGGCUCCUGUGAUAUUGUUCCUGCAGCUGCUAGUACUGCGGUACCGACACCACGUACCACUCCUGACACUCCGGCACGUACCACUCCCGCACCUGACAGUCGGGAACGUACCACUCCCGCACCUGACAGUCGGGAACGUACCACUCCCGCACCUGACAGUCGGGAACGUACCACUCCUGUACCUGACAGUCGGGAACGUACUACUCCCGUACCUGACAGUCGGGAACGUACCACUCCUGUACCUGACAGUCGGGAACGUACUACUCCCGUACCUGACAGUCGGGAACGUACCACUCCUGUACCUGAAACUCCGGCACGUACCACUCAUGUACCUACGACUUGUACUCCUACAAAUGAUGAUUGUUCUACUAAAUCUGUUUUUACUGGUGGUUUCGGUUUUCCGUUUUAUAUUUAUUUUGCUGGUUCUGGUCCUUUUUCUAAUGGUGGUGCUGCCGCUUAUUGUCCUAAAGGUACUCGUGGUUAUGCUGAUUGUCAAGAUGCUUGUAAAGAUGAUACUCAUUAUCAUGCUUGUGUCCGUUGUUGUAAAGCCUGUUGUGCUUCUGGUAAUGCUGUUCGUAAUUAG